CAAUAGCCUUAUGACACAUCACAAAUCACGAAAUUUCAAAUUUCGGUGCUCUCGUGCAUCACACAUUAUGAAAAUCGUUUUGAAGACCCAAAGAGUAUCCGACAGAAUCGGAGAUUAACAAGGGUGGACCACUAGCAAAGCAGCUAGAGUAAAACAGUAUUCAGAAUUCAGGAUGUCCCUCUCUACGGCAACAGCACAUUCGUCUCUCUACGCAACAAAUUUCGAAGUCUACGUGGUAAGACGAAACGAUGUUCUUUCGGGUGUCAUGCAACGAGGGAAGAGAGUUUGCUUAUGCUUAAUAAAGAGCCACUUCUCUCUCUGUCCAGCAACCGAUUCCUUUCGUGAAUGAAUAUCAGCCACAGUUAACGAUCAUAUCGAGAUGGUACACUGGAAUCGAUGGAAAAUGUUUGUUGUUGAAUUCUCCAUGUAUAGUGAGAGGAAAACUAACAUUUUCUGGCUCUUGUCUAUUUGUAAUCUGCUAGAACAAAGCGGACUUUAAAUUCAACGCGGCUCAUUUUGUAGCCUUCCAAGGAUUUCGAGAACGACUACACGGUCAUAACUACACUGUGGGUGUGAGGUUAUUGGGAUCACGUAAAAUUUGUCACGAUGGUUAUGUUUUGGACUUUGGGGACGUGAAAAAGGUCGUAAAAGCUGUUUGCAAGAAACUCAACGAACGUUUUCUGUGUCCGACGAAAUCAGAUGUCAUUGAUACGCAGAUAGUAGAUACAGAGAACGACGGUAGAAAAUCUGUUGUUCUUACAUGCGAAGAUGGAUCAAGAUUUGUUAUUCCACUUGAUGACUGUGCAAUGAUACCGAUUGUGCACGCCACUGUUGAGGAAUUAGCCAUAUACACAUGGGGAGAGAUCCUAGAUGGACUUGAUCCAGAACUAUUACGGCGGCGAGGAAUUCAUACAAUGGAAGUUGUUAUGGCAGAAGCCCCUGGACAGGAAGCUGUGUUUCGACUUGAGAUACCGGAAACAAAGAAUGGAGAGAAAUUCAGAUUAGAUGUCCCGAGCUUCAUAAACAGUGGCGAGAUUGAACUCAAACCCAAGCCUUGUUUCGGGCAAGAAGGAAUAUCAGAGACAAGAAAUAAAGCAAAAUUAUCUGACACAGGUCCCGGUAGCAGGAGUGUUACACCUAAAAAUACUGCAGCCGAUGGCCACGCUAACUGUGAAGACUGUGGACUGGCUUCAUUUUCAAAACAACUUGAAGCACUUGCCUCGGCUCUUAACAAUAGAGGGCCCCUGGACGAUGAGCUCACUGCAGAUGAUUUACGAUCUUUGCUAGAGAAAGAAUGAAGUUCUUUGUAAUUUUUCGAA